UAUCUCAAUGGCAUGUAGGACCCACGUGAUUGUUUGCACGGCAGAAGCAGGCAAACAAUCAAUCAUCAGCAAUUAACAGGUAGACCGUCGCGUCCAUCUGCACUGCCACCUGCACGGCAGCCGGCUCGAUCUUGUGCUAACAGAACAGGGCCUUUGUCCACCACGGAUAGAUACAUCUUUGCCACUGCAGCUGCACUGCACAUCGCAGUUCACACGCACGAACGAACAAGAUCGUCCUUGUGUUUCUCUUCUCUGCACCCCCCCCCCCCUUGGUACUGAUGUGGCACGCGUACCAAGAGACAAAACCACCAGCAGUAGCAGCCAUCCAUUAAUACGCCUUGACCCACUCCCCUGGAUGUCUCUCUCGCCACCGUUUGCAUUCGCCAAUCUCCACCACCACAUCAUCUUCUUCCUCCUCCACCUCUUACCUCGUCGUCCUGAGCGCUCCUGGUUGCAGUUGCCUUCUCCUGACAACUCCUCUUCGCCUUGGCUAAGUUAGCUAGCUCAUCAUCACACUCUGCAUACGUGCUUGUCAACUCCAUUGAGAGCGUCGCCGUUGAUGGCUGAGCCGCCGGCGACCAAGGUGUACCACGAUGGCUGCCCCGGCUGCGCCAUGGAGCAGAGGAAGGAGGAGCACAAGGGCAUUCCCUACAGGGAGUUCCUCUUCGUUGCCAUCACCACCCUCGCCUCCUCUCUGCCAAUCUCUUCCUUGUUCCCCUUCCUGUACUUCAUGAGCAGAUAAGAGACUUGCAUGUUGCUCGGACAGAGGAAGAUAUUGGAUUCUAUGCUGGAUUUCUUGGCGCAUCAUAUAUGAUCGGUCGUGGUUUCGCAUCGAUCUUGUGGGGUAUGGUGGCAGAUCGUAUUGGCCGUAAGCCUGUCAUUAUCUUUUCCAUUUUUGCAGUCAUUGUGCUCAAUACUUUGUUUGGAUUAAGUGUGAAGUACUGGAUGGCUGUUACCACAAGAUUUCUUCUUGGUGCUCUGAAUGGAUUGCUUGCACCAAUAAAGGCGUACUCUAUCGAAGUUUGCCGAGCUGAACAUCAACCUUUGGGCCUAUCAAUUGUGAGCACAGCAUGGGGGAUAGGUCUUGUAGUUGGCCCAGCAACUGGGGGAUACCUCGCACAGCCUGUCAAACAAUAUCCUCAUAUUUUUCAUGAGAAGUCAAUAUUUGGGAGAUUUCCAUAUCUUCUACCCUGCCUUUGUAUAUCACUUUUUGCUCUCUUGGUCCUCCUAAGCUGUAUAUGGCUACCGGAGACCCUACAUAAGCAUAAAGGCCUUGAAGUGGGAGUGGAGACAGCUGAAGCUUCUACUACUCAAGAAAGUGCAGAAUCACAUCAGAAAAGCUUAUUCAGAAAUUGGCCAUUGAUGUCAUCUAUUGUCACAUAUUGUGUGUUCUCCCUUCAUGACACAGCAUAUAGUGAGAUAUUUUCUCUGUGGACUGUAAGUGAUAGAAAAUAUGGUGGACUCAGCUUUUCAUCUAAAGAUGUUGGGCAAGUUCUUGCAGUGGCAGGUGCCAGCCUUCUUGUAUAUCAGCUUUUUAUCUACGGUUGGGUUGAUAAAAUUCUUGGACCUAUCCACUCAACCCGCAUUUCAGCGGCACUAUCUGUACCAAUUAUUGCUGCUUAUCCCUUUAUGACACACUUAUCAGGAAUAAGACUUGGUGUUGCCCUCUAUAGUGCAGCAAUGAUCAAAAGUGUUCUUGCUGCAUGGAAAACUAAUACUGCAACACCACGAAAAUUUCAUAGCAAAGAUAACUAUAAUUACGGGCACCUCUCUUCUGCAAAACAAAGCAGUGCCACAAGGGCAACGGGGUGCUGCAAAUGGAAUAGCCACAACAGCCAUGUCCUUGUUCAAGGCUAUUGCUCCGGCUGGGGCAGGAGUUAUAUUUUCUUGGGCACAAAAGAGACAACAUGUGGCAUUUUUUCCAGGAGUCCGUGUUGCAGCCCGCUUCUCUUCUCUCUUUCCUCUUUUAUCUCCUCCACAUGUGUUUAUAGCUGGUUUAUAGUCUGCUAUUGUACCUGCUCUUAGGUGACCAGAUGGUAUUUCUUCUACUGAAUCUGACCGAGGUCAUUGGGCUCAUGUUAACCUUCAAACCUUUCUUGGCUGUUCCUCAACAAUAUAAAUAGAACAUUCAGAUACUGCUAGCUGGUGUGACAAAGAUCAUAAAGAUGUAGUUACAGUGAGUAAUAAGUAUGGCUUGGUAUUAAAAGAUGGUUUAGAUGUGGUUAUAGCAUAAUGGUAGGAUCAUGCAGCAUUCCAGUGCAGAGUCUCUGUUGGAUUUUGUUCUGCUUUGGGCUUAUGAGCAAGAUAACCUUGUAUAUUGCAGUGUUGAAUUUGAAUAACUGCUCUUCUAGCUGUGGA